AUGAAAGUAUUUGUUGCUCUUGCCGUUUUAGCCGUGUGUUCCCAAGCCCAAGGUCAACGUCUUGGCUUCGGUGGUGCCAAUGCCAAUGCUGCUGCUAGUGCUAACGCAGCUGCUAAGGGUGGUGCCGGUGGUUUUGGCGGUCUAGGCGCUGUUGGUGGCGGUUUGGGUGGUGGUUUCGGCCGUCCCGGUUUCGGAGGUCCCGGUUUGGGAGGCGGUUUAGGCGGUGGUUUCGGUGGUGCCAAUGCCGGUGCUAAUGCUAACGCUAAUGCUGGAGCUGUUGGUGGCGGUUUGGGUGGUGGUUUGGGAGGUGGUUUCGGCCGCCCCGGUUUGGGUGGCGGCUUCGGCGGUGCUAAUGCCGGUGCUAAUGCUAAUGCCAACGUGGCGGUCUCGGUGGUGCUAACGCUGGAGCCAAUGCUAACCGCUAAUGCUGGUGCUACCGGUGGUGGUUUCGGUGGUCUUGGCGGUGGUCUUGGUGGUGGUCUUGGUGGUGGUUUCGGUGGUGGUUCUUCCUCCGCUUCUUCCUCAGCUUCUGCUUCCUCUACCGCUGGUGGUCGUGGUGGUUUGGGUGGUUUCGGUGGUGCCAAUGCUGGCGCUACUGCUAAUGCCAAUGCCAACACCCUUGUCCGCGGUUAA